AUGGUCAUGUGUAGUGGAGUAAUUUCAUUGAAAAGGCUGGAUAGCAGGAAACUGAUAUUAUCCGGCACCCCUCCCUCCAGUGAACCACCCUCAUCCCCUCAAUAUCCACUAGCUAGCUAUUCCACUUCAGUCGACUCAGCAAUGGCCAAGCUCUCUGCAUCCCUUCUCAUCUUCUCAGUCCUUCUCUACUCUUCCACAUUCUCCAGUGCUUGCGGUACAUGCAAUCCUCACCCCAAGCCGUCUAUGCCACCAACUCCAGCUGUCGCAAAGUGCCCGAAAGACACGUUGAAGCUAGGAGUUUGUGCUGACCUUCUAGGGCUUGUGAACCUCCAAAUUGGAAGCCCUCCAACAAGUCCUUGCUGUGCAUUGCUUGAUGGCCUUGCUGAUUUGGAGGCUGCUCUUUGUCUUUGCACUGCUCUUAAGGCCAAUGUGCUUGGCAUUAAUUUGGAUGUGCCAAUCUCAUUGAGCCUGCUUCUUAGUGCAUGCCAGAAAACUGUACCUCCUGGUUUCCAAUGCUCAUAAGUACUUGGACUACAAGCUAGCUCUCCAUUGGGGUAGCAGUACUAAUUGAUUGGUAUUUGUUGUGCAAAUUUAGAUCAUUAUUGGUGUGCUUAUUUGCUUAAAUGGUGGUAAUUGGGGUUGGUUUCUCACUUUCUCUGUCUUGCUUUGUUUGUUCCUAUUUGUUAAUGAAGUUCUGUAAGGCAGUAAUGCCCAAUUUGUUAGAAUAACAAGGCAAGCCUGUUUGCCUUAUUAAUGUCGUGUAAUGCUUGUUCUACUUUACUGAUCUGAGUAAAGCUUCACCUGUUCUAAAUCUCUA